UACUGUGCCAUCCAGCUCCAUGAAUCAGUGAUUGUGCUGAUUGAGCAUCACUUCUGUGCCCAUCCACUAAUCCCAGGCUACUCACAUCCAAGCACUGCUGGCAUCCGUCAAUGGGCAGUCAGACAGAUCUAUACGUUUUGCAAAGAAAACGAUCUUUGCAAGGUUUGGGCCUACCUAUGGGAAAAUUGGUAUCAAUGUGGCCAGUGGGAGCUUUGGGCACAAGCAGCUGCAUCAAUCAAAGUACCAAGUCUAAAGACAACUAUGAUAAUGGAAAGCCACUGGCGUCAAAUCAAGGUUGACUAUUUGUACCAUUUUUUGAAGCCUCAUAUUGAUCUUCUGUCAUGGAUUUUAGUUGCCAAACUUUCACCAUCAUACUUCAAAAAAUUA